UGGCCCUUGGUAUAGUCAUCGCUCAUCUCUUCCUUUGCAAGCGACACCAUUCCUCCUCUCUCUGUAUUUCCCGUGGGGGCGCUGUGUACGACAAAGCUAAACAACAACCCUCCUUUGGUAUUUCUUCCUUGAAAUCAAUCAAUCGUCUAAAAACCCAAUAGAAAAAAAAAAUUUUUGACCCAGAAAUUUUCUCUGCCGUCACUCUCUCUUCUUCCUCUCUAUUCUUCACUUCAUUCCACUUUUUAGGGUUUUAUUCUAUUUCAAUCGUUAUGCACCGGGGAAGAUCUAUCUUUUUGUUGUAGUAACAGGUGAAUUUUUGUGUGUUCCAUAUAAUUAGUUGAGGAAGAGAUGGGUAGGGGUAGAGAUAGGGAUAUUUCAAGGUCUAGAUCGAGGUCGCCAGCACAUAGAAGGAGAUAUUCACGGUCACCCUCGCCUGUGGCACGCAGACAUAGCCGCAGAAGCCGGAGAGAUAGAAGCAGAUCACCUUAUUCCAAUAGCAGGUGAUACCCAUUUGCUUAAAUUGAUAUAUGGAUUUGACUUAUAUGGGUUUUGCCCUUGUGUUAUCUCUGAUUUUUGUGUUUUUAUGUACUUGGAUUUGUUUUUUAUUAUUCUAAUAAAGCUCACGUUUUGCUGAUUCAAUUACAGUUUGUUCAGGUAUUGUCUACGUGUUUGAUUCUUGAAAAAGUAUUGGUAUUUAUCUACCGUUUGUUGGAUCGACUUGCACGGUUGCUCAAAAAUGAAUUUAGGACUUCAUAGUGACAGCAUUGGCCUAAGCUGUGGCAGGAUUGCUGAUUGAUCAUUUUUGCUUGUAUUUUAAAGUCUUUAAGAGGAACUUCUAGUGAUUGUUGCAUUCGCAUACCGCUAAGUUGUCCAUCUAAUAUCUGAUCAUGGAUCAAAUCCGAAUGUUAAUUCUUGUUUCUGGACAAAAUGCCUUAUUCUUCAUUUCAUUUAUUCGAUUCCCUUCAUUGGAUAUCUAGCUCUGUUCCCAAGCGGAGAGAUAGAGGGGUGCAGACUUGUUUCAUACUUCUGUUGCCAAUAUCAGCUUCGAUUUUGUUCAGAUUGAUAUUUUCUCAUCAAAGUCCACUAGUCUUCUAUUAUAUGAGUUACCAGAUGUCUAUGAAAAAGUUAUGUCCUUAUCGAAUUGAGUUGUUGCUGCUAGUAAGAGUUUUCAACACCUGUAAUCACCAUAACUGAUAUCCUCGUGGUUGUCUUUGUAUUAUCUCAUAUCUUAAUCUGCUGGUGUCGCUGUUCAGUUGCAAAUUUAGUCCUCGAUCAGGCUGCCAUCUGGAAAUUGUCUACUAUUCCGAAGAUGUGCAUGAUCCUAAUGAGUAGAGUUAAUAAAUAGAAACCUAAAUGAAAUACCCAGUGCAAACUACGUUCUUCAAUGAGGAAUUAAAAGAAGUAAUUGCUUCCCUUCAAGGGAGGCAAGCAGGUCAUGGGUGCCGAUGAGUGUCCAUUGGUUGCUCAAUUGUGAUAUUAGCAGUUCCCUAUGAUAAAAGAUGGAGCUCGAGUUUAUUCUUUGCAAUUCAUGAGAAGACGAAGCCGUUCACUGUCCCCAAGACGCCGGAAAAGUCGUUCUCCAGCGACCAGACGACAUAAAAGUCGCUCUCCAAGGAACUAUAGGAGACAAAAAAGAAGUAGGAGUAUAUCAUUGUCUCCUAUUGGUAAAUCACCUGCUUCAAGUAUCGGAUCGAAAGAGCAAAAGGAUCUCAGUGAAAAAAUUAGAAUUGAGGAAGAGGAGAAGAAAAGGCGUCAAGAGGAAGCAGAACUGAAAUUAAUAGAAGAAGAAACUGCAAAAAGAGUUGAAGAAGCAAUUAAGAGAAAAGUUGAUGAUAGCUUGAACACGGAGGAUAUCAAGCUUGAAAUCCGAAGGCGAUUAGAAGAAGGUAGAAAGAAACUUGUCAGUGAAGUUGCUGCUCAGCUUGAAAUAGAGAAGGAAGCUGCUCUUAUUGAGGCAAAACAAAAGGAGGAACAAGCUCGAAAAGAGAAAGAAGAGUUGGAAAGAAUGCUUGAAGAGAAGAGGCGAAAAGUGGAAGAAGCUCAGAGAAGAGAAGCUUUGGAGCAGCAAAUGAGGGAAGAGCAGCGUUAUAGGGAACUGGAAGAGCUUCAAAGACAGAAAGAAGAGGCCAUGCGAAGGAAGAAACAGGAAGAGGAGGAAGAGCGUGCAAAGCAGAUGACAUUGUUGGGCAAGAACAAAUCCAGGCCUAAGUUGUCAUUUGCAUUGGGUUUGAAAUGAUUAAUGACUUUGCCUUGUCAUUUUUUUAUUAUGGUCACGAUUUUGUUGUUUCAUCAAAGCAUUGGUUUUUCAUUAGAAGUCCGGAAACCAAGUUUUGUUGGAUAAUUUUUCUCGAGUCUGGAGUACUUGCACGAGUAUUUCCUUUGUUGUAGUUAGCUGAUCAAUGUAUUGCCUUAAACUGGUAAUCUGAGGGCGUAAUUCCUAGCAAGUUGUGAUAUUGUUGUUGUAGUUACCUAGUGGGCUGUUGGCUGCGCG